AAUACGGAGCCCGGUGGGGCAGCGGCCUGGCGGGGAGUUAAGUAUAGACCUGCGGGAAUGCGGGGCGGUUGCGAUCAGUGUGCGGAGUUCUCCUGGCCUUUCCUCCGACUUUGCCUUCUCUGUUAACGGGAGCUCGGUUGCUCUUAGCGCUCCUCACUCGGGACGAGCUUUCUUCUGCAAACACUACCUCACCAAGGUGGUUGGUUCUAGCUAUUGCCAUGGUACGUUUUUAUAUGGAAAAAGGAACUCACAGAGGUUUAUAUAAAAGUAUUCAGAAGACACUUAAAUUUUUCCAAACAUUUGCCUUGCUUGAGAUAGUCCACUGUUUAAUUGGAAUUGUACCUACUUCUGUGCUUGUGACUGGGGUCCAAGUGAGUUCAAGAAUCUUUAUGGUGUGGCUGGUUACUCACAGCAUAAAACCGAUCCAGAAUGAGGAGAGUGUGGUGCUUUUUCUGGUCUCGUGGACGGUGACUGAGAUCACUCGCUAUUCCUUCUACACAUUCAGCCUUCUCAACCACUUGCCAUACUUCAUUAAGUGGGCCAGAUAUAAUUUUUUUAUCAUCUUAUACCCUGUUGGAGUUGCUGGUGAACUUCUCACAAUAUACGCCGCCUUGCCAUAUGUGAAGAAAACAGGAAUGUUUUCCAUAAGACUUCCUAACAAAUACAAUGUCUCUUUUGACUACUACUAUUUUCUUCUUAUAACCAUGGCCUCAUAUAUACCGUUGUUCCCACAGCUCUAUUUCCAUAUGCUGCGUCAAAGAAGAAAGGUGCUUCACGGAGAGGCAGUUGUAGAGAAAGAUGAGUAAAGAGCCCUAUGAACAAGGUGCUUCUUCCAGAAUAACCAGGAUUACUUGAGUCCAAGUUUUAAUACCAAGAAUAACUCCAUGAAAGAUCACGGAUUGGAUUGUUUCUUAAAAUAUAAUUCGAAAUGUUUACCAAUAUUUGUCUUCACAUUGUGUCAAGUCUGUUUUUUUACGAGAACUGUGCAAAUAGCAUCAACUCCUGGGUAGGUCUUGAUCAUUUAGAAAAUAAUUGGGUGUCAUAUGUGGGGGAAAAAUUUUGUUAGUUUCAGUUAAUUUGUGCAACAUAUGCUCAAGGCUUUUUAAGUCAAUGUUUAGAAAUUAGUUUAACAUGCCAGGGAUUUAGCUCAGUGGUGCUGUGCCUGCCUCGCAAGCGCAAGGUCCUGAGUUCGAUCCCUGGUACAAAAAAAAAAAAAUUUAGAUCUUAGAAAUUAGUUUAAUAACUUUAUAUUACGACACCUGCCAUGGACAUUUAUGUGAUACCUACAAAUGAAAACAAAUAGAAAAUUACAAUAACUGACUGAUGUAAUGGAACCCACAAUCUGUUUUUCAAAUUAAUAAGGCAGCAUUUGUGGUUAAAAACUGCAUUUGCAAGUAUGAAUAAUUGGCUGUAGUAAGAAUUUUAAUAUAAAGUAGCAGCAUAAAAAAUAUUCAAGAUGUCACAAUGAUUUUCUUUCUUUCUUUCUUUUUUGCUGGAGAUAGAAGCAAAGGGCCUCAUACAUGCUAAGCAAAUGCUCUACCAUUGAGCUGUGCCCACAGGCUGAGAAAAAUAUUCUCUGAAAAUAUUAUUUGGCCACUGAAGUUACUUACUAGGAAAAUUUGUUUUUUCCUAAAUAAACCAUUUAAAGGCAACAUUUUCAAUGAUAAGGAAUUGAAGAGGUUAAAAAAAUGUAAGUCUAUAGUUUUUCCCACUGGUUAAAAAACUAUGAUGUCUGAUUUUAAUAUUGUACUCCAGUCUCUGCUUAGGAAAGGCUGCUCCAGGCUGUGGAAUUAUCUUAUAAAAAUGAAUCCCUUGUGGUAUUUACAUAACCAAAGGUUUCCAGAUCUGAUGUAAAAGAGACUCAUUUUAUUCUGAAUUCCACUGAAUAGCAAAGAGUCUUGUAAUGAAUCUCCUGUCCUUGUGUUUAAGAAAAGGAUACACAGAAUUUUAAUUCUUUUUUUUUUUCAUGCUACAAAAAUAGGUCUUUAUGCUUAGGAAAAUAUAGUCAGAGCUAGCUUCUUAUUCUGUACAUAAAAUCUUAACAUCAAAGGCAGUACAGGAUAGUACAGAUAGUUUUUGAACUGAUCUCCAAACAACCACAAACCCACUAUAUUGGAAAAAAAACCAAAACAGGUAAUUGGAAGUUUUAGACAAAAGACAGUACUUCACACAUCUAAUCCAAAUCAAAGAGCCUGCAGACAGUUUUCAGUGAGAUGAAAGAAAUGAAAUAAAUAUAAAUUCUAUGGAUAAAUAAAUGUAAAGUAAUUUAAAUGGGCUAACAGAACUAAUUAUUUUUUAAAUUAAAAUACUAGUCAGGUACAAGCUUUUGUUUCUUAAUGCCAGACUUCUAAAUGUUUACCAGACUACUAUUAAUACCAUUAAAAAAAUCUAAUCUUUGACCCAGACUGUUAGUAAUAAUACUGAUUUGCAUUUGCAAAAGAUUUUUUUCUCCCCAGUUAUGUAUACUAUCAAAUUUUUAUCUGACUAUAGGAAUUCAAUGGUGGGUAUAAAAUUAAUGAAUAAAGAACUUUAGCAAUGAUACAUGAAUUUUAAUUCUUAAAUAGGUCCUUUAAAAAUUUUCCCUCCUGUAUUAAAGGAUGCUGAUUUACUGAUCAAGUUUAGAGAGAGAAUAAGUAUGUAACUAAAAAAACUGAAAGAACUUUUUGCCUGCUGUAGAUACCUAAGUAUAACUCUGCUUUAAAUGUUCUGUAUGGUUUACAUUUACAAUCAACAUGUAACAUUACACUUUUCAAAAAUAUUUGAUGGUGUGUUACGGUACCAUUUGUUUUCGUCUAGAUGUUCAGAAUUCAGAAUAGUUUUGCAAACUUACUUUAAGUAACUUCAUGAAAGGUGCUAUUUCUUCUGUAAUGUUACAUUUUAAUGUUUUCCCUGCAGCUGAAUGUUUUGAUGAGGAACGUGUAUUAGGUUACUGUUUCUCAAAAUGGUACUGUUAAUUCUGCUCUUGUACGACUUGAGCAGUUUUACUCUUGAACUUUUAUAAGGAAGAAUUUUUCAGGGAGUUUCCCCCCUAUGGUAAUGUAGUAUAUGAAAUUCACGUAUUUACUUUAUUAAAUACCUGUCUUGUGAAAUAUAUUUUAAAUCCUGUUCCUAAAAUUUGAUUUAAUUUGACUUGUACUCCCUCCAAGCAUCUGUAAUACUCUUUUUUUUCCCUCUGAAGUUGUGGAAGAUCUUGAAGUGAGAAUUGCAAUUAAUAAAAGUGAAAUACAUCAAACUA